AUGGAGGACGAGCUGAAGGCCAUCAGCGCCGAAUUGGCUGCGUCCAUUCGGCGUGAGAUGGACCUAGAAGACCUAGUCGACAGACUACAAGCAGAAGUCAACAAUCCUCAGGCUCCUGGGAAGCGAACCAGCGACUAUUUCUCAGACUCGGGAUAUAGCUCCGCAAAAUUCAGCGAAUAUGACCAAACCAAGGAGGAGGUUGCACAGAUUCAGAGAAGAUCGGAACAAGAGAAGGCACAGAUCCGCCUGGAGCUUACCAACAAGCUGCAGGACGAGCGAUCGAGGCGUAAGGUCUUGGACCAACAGAUCAAGGAGCUGGGAGAGAAGGCAUCCCAGAUUGAUACUGCGCAACUACGGGGCAGAGAUGCAGACGCCAGAGUACGCGAACUCGAAAAGACAUGUGAAGAUUUACGUCGCCGGCUUUCCGAGGAACGACAAGUAAAGGAUAACUUUGAAGACCUGCUCUCGGCCCUAAAAGGCGAACUCCAAAACGCAGCGAAUGAGCGAGAUAAUCUCCGUGACGAGAUAGUUCCGCAACUAAAAGCGCGCGUUGAGGGUCUCGAGGCACAGGCUUCCGAAAAUGAGAAGUUGACAUAUGAGACAACCAAAAUGCAGCAAGAGCUCCAAUCAUUGAAGUUGCAAAAUACCACCAUGAACAGCGCACGGUCGACAGAGGACACAAUCACCAGACUAAGGUCAAGCUCUGUGACUGGUCAAUCUUUCAAGCUCCAACAUCCUCCUACUGGACUCAGCAGGUCUAAUACCGUCAAGCAUGGUCAGACUGAAUCGAGGGAAGCUCUGUCUGAGCGUCUCAAGGACGUCGAGGCCCAGCGAGAUGCGUUGCAUAAUGCCUUAAAGAGUCUCCUGGAGAGGCAAGAGUUCCAGAAUCGGGAGAACGAGAAGAAGAUCAAGGUCCUUGAGGUCGAAAGAGACCGCCUCCUAUCUAGCUCUCCCAAAAAGGCAGGCUAUGAGCGAGAUGUGUCCAAUCUCCGCGAAGAAAUCAACGUUCUGCGCCGAAGAGCUGAGGAAGCCAUUGAGCAGAAAUGGCUGGUUGAGAAGGGUCUCAUAGGAUUGAAGUCUGACCUCGACCGUGCUGAAGAGGAAAUUGCAUCCCUUCGAGCUCUAUUGAAGGAGAAAGAUAUAUUGAUCCCCGAUUCUUUCACUCGUUCGAGCGGACGCUCGAGCUCCGACUCGAUGACUGCUCCUGUAACAUCUGCCUCGUUAGAAAGAGCCUAUAAGGAGCUUCAAGAAUCUUAUAGGGAGGCCCUUGAGCGUAUCAAGACACUCGAGGUCGGAGGCACGAGCGCAUCCCAAGACGAGAGGACGAAGCUUGCCAUGGAACGUCUUGAGCUGUCCUUAUCGACUGCCAUCCAUGAGCGAGAUGAUGCUCGCCAGGAGGCUGCCUCGUAUCGUGAUGAGCUUGAGACGCUUAAGGGGUCGGAAGCUGCACACAUCGCCAGCGAGCGGGAUCUUGCAGAUCAACUCCGCGAAUCUGCUCGCCGGGUCGAGGAGCUUGCUCAACAAGUGCGGAACCAGCUCGCAACGAAUGCUACUCUGCGCACUCGUUUGUCAGAUGCCGUCACUAGGGGUGAAUCUGAUCAGAGGGUAAGCAAGGAGCGCCUCGCCAAGAUGCAAGAUCGGAUGCGGUCUCUCGAGGAGCAGGUCGUUGCCGUGCAGACAGCUGCUGAAGAGAGAGUAAACCGCCAUGAAGAUGAGCUGAGGGACCUCAAGGAUGCGCAUAGCUCGCAGCUUCAGCGCUUACGAGAUGCGUCCGGUGGCCUUCGCUCACCACGACUGUUCCCUCCCAAGUCGCCCCUUUCACCUCUGCUGUCCCCUAAUUCAGCUAGGAGACUGAGCCCCCGUCCAAGCCCGAGACGGUCAACCACUAUGCCGGUUGGCGAGUCUGACAAGGAGGAGCUCGCCCAGGUUGAGACUCUGAAGGCUCGGGUUCAAGACCUAGAGAGCGCUCUUGCAGCCGCCGACUCGGAGAUGCAGGAAGUUGUCGGACGGAUGAAUACCGCCCAAAUUGAGGUGCUCACUCUUCAAGAGGAGCGGGAGAAUGCUGUUCGCGAAACCAGAAAAUUGCAGCGACUCCUUGAGCAGGAGAGAGUGAAAUCAUUUGAGGAGCGCUUCAACAGUAUCAACACUAUGGUCAAAUAA